ACUGAGGAUUGUCUACGGCGUGGUGUUCCUCUCCGUCUCCUGCGCCUGCUCCAUCUUCCUCCACCUCAUCCUCCAUCCGAUCUUCUACAUCACCUCCUGAUGAUCCGUGCUGCUCAAAUCGGUUUGGUCCUCCGAUUCUUAAUUUCGAUUUCUCAAUACCUUCUGUUAUGAUUGGUUGAACCCGCAAAGGAAACAGGAUUUUUUUUUAUUUUUUAUUUUUUGUUUCCGUAAAUGGCACUGAGGAUCGUCUACGGCGUGGUCUUCCUCUCCAUCUCCUGCGCCUGCUUUAUGUUCCUCCACCUUAUUCUCCAUCCGAUCUUCUACUUCACCGCCUGAUGAUCCCUGCUGCUCAAAGCGGUUUGGUCCUCCGAUUCGUAGUUUCGAUUUUUUAAUACCUUUUGUUAUGAUUGGUUGAAACCGCAAAGGAAACGGAAAGUUUCUUUUUCUUUUUCUUUUUUUUGACGUGUAAUUCCACACUUUCUUGUUUGUUUUUGUUGGUUGUCUGUUCUGAGAUGCCGAUUUGUGAUUGCUGUUUGUUUUGGUUGUUUCCAUGUGGAUUCAAUUUUAAUGUCGAUUCUAUGUAUUAUCUCAAUUUUGAAUUUUUUUCGUUCAUUAAGAAAAUUUGUAUGAUCAAAAUUUGAAACCCGAUUGUGAAUUUGUAAUGAAAAUGAUCCAGAUAUCUUCUGAUUUUCGAAGUUUGAGAGUAUAUUGUAGAGAUUUAAUAGUAUCAGUCAAAAGAUUUGGCGUCGGAUUGAACCAUACUGGAAAGGUGAAGGAUUACCCAUUUCAAUUUCGUAAUUUCAUUUCGAUUUAUUAGGCUAAAAUCACCAUCAAGGGAGUGUCUAUCUGGUGAAUUUCGACGAGUGGGAGCAAUGUGCAUUCGUCUCUUUAUGGAUAUGGGAGUAUCUGUCUGUCUCUCCAACUUAUAUAUCAACUUAGAUGUAUGAGAGUAACUACAUUUAUUAUGAAUUUGCUUGUAAUAUUUGCUUUUGAGCCCAUCCUUGCUUUCCUUUUUAUUUUAUUUAUAGAGACCAAUCCAUGGCAGGCUCUUUAAAUCUGUUAAAUGCUUCUCCAGAGCAAAUCAUUGUUUUAAGCUUUGUCCUCUCAAGGUAAAAAACUUGGAUGACAUAUUGACAUAGCAUGCCAAGAAUCCCAGGAUUAGUGUUCUAAGGAUUAACUUGUCAUCCAAGUGCUUCAUUUUAGCCAUUUCUUAGAAACGUUCCACAUUCAAAUAUGAGCCGUUACUCCUAAUAUAAGUAGCCAACUGGUUACAAGGUAGCUCAUAUUUACGCAAUUUGUAUGCCACUAUUGUUCAAGCUGUCACUAACACUGUGAUGUGUCUACUGAUCUUCUUGUGCAUUCAGUUGACUUGCUAACUUUUGUAGGUGAUGAGCGGUACUGUUAUGCAACCACUGCAAAGAUAAGUGCGAAGGAGGAUGAUGCUUCGCAUGUUUUCACCUGGAUGCAUGUAUAAUAGACGUGGUUUGAAGGAUUGGAAAUGAAGGAUCAGUCAGCCUCACUGUUCUAGAUUGAAACUAUGCCUGACCUCUUGGCUUCAAAGUAUUAAGUAUUCUAUUGAAAGAAAUGUAUAAAUGAUUUUAAUCUUUUAUAUUUCUUAUAUUUGAAACAACUAUAGGAAAUCAGAGAUUAUUCCCUUGGUGGAUGCUUAUGAUCAAAUAAUUAUGUAUUAAUUAAUGAUAAUAACUAAAGCUUGAGCCU